CAAAAAUGGAGGCCUCCGACAAUGGCGUGGUGCAGGAUUCGGACAACGCUCUCACAAAGAAGAAAGCAACAAGAUCUGCCACUAAUUCAGCUUUGACAAAAGAACUGGAACAGGAGAGACAGCGUAAUGCAUCACUGCUCGCCAAAUUGAAGAGAGUUAAAUCUGACCACAGAAAAUUUGAGCAAUCAGUAAACGAAGGUAGCUUCGUUCGGCUUCAUUCCACCAUGAGAGACGAUAGUUCGGGCAAUGACCACAACUCCGUAUUCAUGUCAUCCAUGAGCAACCUAUCACUGGCUUCCCUGAACGUACCAGAAUGCAGAUCCGCCGACGGAGAAGACGAAAUCGACCGAAAAUCUUUCGAACAGUGGAAGAAUAUGUUGGAGGCAUCAAUGCAGCUGGCAGGGGUUGCCGACGAAGUCACCAAGAUGAACAUAUUCACUAUUAAAGCAGGUCCGAAAUUGUUGGAUGUUCUAGAAGGGACAGUCACGCAUCCGGAAACUCCCGAUAUUGUAACAAAUCCGUACGCAAAUGCGAUUCAACGAUUGAAUGCAUAUUUCGGAUCGCGUGACUACAUAUUUAUGCAGCGUCAAAAACUAAGAUCCCUAACUCAAAAUGCAGGAGAAAAAGAUGUAAAAUACGUUAAGCGGGUCAUCGCUAUAGCAAAGCUAUGUGACUUCAGCGAUAAUAAUUUGCCGGAGCAAGUGGCGGACUCAAUUCAAUCGCACGCGUUGAACCAGAAAGUUCGCGAGGCUGCAAGAAAAAUGCUUCGCAAGGGUGGUUCAUUGGCUGACCUACUAGAUAGAGUGCGCACUCUGGAAAUGGAUCAAUUGAAUGAGGACAUUUUUGUCAAGAACAAUAGUCAGGCAGCGCAGCUAACAGUAGCAGCUGUCACAUCCGCUGGACAAAGAAAUCAGCUUGGAAGGCAAGGCAGUUUUGGCAACCCAAGAAAUCAAUCAAACACACAGCAUUACCAAUAUGGCAGCAACAACGGCUUCGGUACACGUAACGGACAGCGCAGUUUUUCUGGUAAUUGGUUAUCCGGAAGAGGAGGAAGAGGCAUUGGCCGUCGAGAUAUCGUUAGAAAUACUACAUCACGUGUCCCAUGUUGGAGAUGUAUGAGUAGGCGACACCAACCAUCCGAAUGCUUUGCUGUUGACCAGGCGUGCCGAAACUGUAAUGUUAGAGGACAUUUUGAACGGGCAUGUCGUCAGCAGAAACCUUCGGUGUCAUCAUCCGAAUCAAUGAAACGUCGUUACAGUAACGAUUCCAAGGAGUCAUCGUCAAAGAAGAUUGCUGCGGUUAAAGAAGAGGAUGAUAUCCCUGUGAACGAAACAGUAAGUGGCCCAUCUUCCGAAUAAGCUUUUAUAAUCCAUUCUCGCACAAGGUGGAUAUACU